ACGAUCGCUUACACUGCCCAGACGAGUUCCACACUCAUCACACGUCGGACACUGUCCAUAACUGCGCUUAACAGCCUCUCGCAACCAGCCCGUUGAACACGAUUCAGAACACGCCACUCGUCGCCGAGUUAUGAACAGAAGCAAACUUGCGCCUGAACAGAACCGAGCGCUUUUCGUGAAGAACCUAAGCUACUCUAUCUCGGCGGAGGACCUCUUCGACCUCUUCAGCAAGUUCGGACCCAUCCGUCAGAUCCGCCAGGGCAUCUCAAGCAACACCAAGGGCACCGCGUUCGUGGUGUAUGAGGACGUGUCGGAUGCAAAACAGGCAUGCGAUAAGCUGAACGGCUUCAACUUCCAGGGUCGUUACCUUGUUGUAUUAUAUCACCAGCCAGAAAAGAUGGUCAAGUCGACAGCGGAAGAGCUUGAGCAGCGCAAGGCCAACCUAGAAGCUCUCAAGCAGAAACAUGGCAUCGAAUAAGGACGAAGCCUGCAAUCCCCAACAGAGGUGAGGUCUGUUGGAUUGCGGGCUUCAAGCAGCAUCAGUAGUAGAACUAGCAGCAACAGCAGCGACAGUAACAGCAGUUCUUCCACGCGUCGACGUUCGUCGGCCGAGAAGAAGGUCGUCACGUUUCAGUUGAUUGAAGAGGCGCCCUCGGCACUGGUCCCGAGGCCGCCUAAAUUGAAGACGGGCCAGCUCAGCGUGUUGAAAGGCAACAAGUUAUUUACAAGGCUCUCGUCGGCUAUGGCGACGGGCAAGACGUGAUGUGAUACGACAAUCGGAUUGGGGCGUUUGAUCUCUGUCUCUCUCAUUUCACCGGGCAGCGAUGCCUACCUGACUUGGGAAGGUGUUUAUGCCCGUACGGCUAUUGGUCCUCUUAUCACAGGCAUUCCAAAUGAAGACAGUUCUUUCUGAAUAAGCAAA